AUGCUGCACACUGUGAGAUGCUGCUGGCCGUUUCGUCCCGAGAUGCUGGGGAUUUGGUGCGGACAACAAGCUACUACUCAGCCAGCUAUAUUCUAUGGGAUGAUAUCGAUGUCUGCAUCACACCAAUUCCAUCUUGAUUAUGACCACGGAACAAAUAACCCUAAUGCAUCCCAAUGGAUGCUGCAGGCCCUUGAGUCUCGUUCUAGGAUUAUUCAGAAUAUUCAGGAGACAAUCGAUAACAUCGCCACAUCAAAUGUUGAGUUGAUCAUCAUCACCAUUGCCAUGCUUGUUUGUGUGGAGGCCUCCAACGCAAAUAUUGCGGAAAUGGAUAUUCACAUGGCUGGUCUACAACAGUUGAUUCAAUCCUUCGGUGGGGUUGACCGUCUGGACCUGUCCACAAUCUCCUUUCUGGUGGGUGUGGAUAUCUUGUGGGCAAUUGUGAAAUGUACUCCUCCUGCUCUCCCAUUGGCGCCAAAAUAUUUGGAGUACGCCAUGAAUCAUCCAGCUCUCACCGUCCAUCCCUACAACCCACCGGAAGAGGACAUCUUGAGCCUACCCAGUGACAAAAUGUUUUGCAACUUGGGGUCCCGUUUCCGAAAUUCUACAUGGGCCGUGCUACUUGACCGGUCUCUCAAAGCCGCGAUUCAGAAUUUCUGCAACCUUAUUGUGCACUACGAGACCGAUGAGCAGCGACUGGGGGGCAAGAGGAUCGCCACGUACGGGGAUAAUAACCCUUGGAAUCUAUCGCAGCGUUAUCUCCUCUCGUUGUCUUACGAGCGCCUCGGCCCUGGCGACAUCAGAGAAUCGCUCCGCCGCUCAAUGCUCGCGUACUCCAUGACGCGCUAUUGCAAAUUUGGCGCAUUCCCGUGCAUGGACGAGGUCGCCGCCAGACUCAGGGAGAGCCUCGUUCCUAGACUUGACACCUUUCUUUCGACCGCACCCGACCUACUCUUCUGGAUUCUUUAUGUUGGUGCUUUGGCAGCAAGACAGUGCUCCGAGCACUACGUCUGGUAUUGCGCCCAUCUGGGCGGCGUUUCAUCAAACCUCGGCCUUGUUGAUUUUAGGGACGUGCUAUUGCUCCUUGAAAACUUCUUUUAUAUCCAUCGACAUGGGGACACAGCUGCGGAGAAAGUUUGGCAAAGAGUCUCAUCACAAAGACUAAACAAUCUUUCUAUCAUUUAUCAUGAGAGUGUUGGGUGA